CGGAGCGCAUAGGUUCUUUGGGCUUUCGUUUGACUGACGACAUCGUCGGCCAAUUGCGGGCCUCCAAUUCUCUGAACCUUUGUAAAGGAGGGGCGGGCGCGGCGACGCGCGCUCGCUCGCAUAGCGGAAGAAAAUGGCGGCCGUGGCCACCGAGCCAGGAGCUGCGGCGAUUCGCACAACGGCGACGACCGACGACGGCUCACCGGAAUCGGGCCCCAGCGUCCCGGGGCGCAUGCAGGUCUCCCAGGACCCCGAGGGAUUGCCGGAGCACGAGUCGGCCGUGGAGUUGUAUCGGCCUCGCUCGGGAGACUCUGGCAACGGGGAGGACCGCCGCCAUGUCAGGCCAGAGCCGCAGCCGGAGCCGGAGCCCGCGGCGGGAAAAGUCCAAGGGGAGGCCGCCAGCGACCCGCUCGUCCACGACCGCGGAGCCGGCGUCUCCCCCGGGGAAGCGGCGCGGAACGGCUCGGCGCAGGCGGCGUACCGAAGCAUCCUCGCGCAGCCCAAGCCCACCUCCUCAGCCGUCUUCCUGCACUCCUUCCCGGCCGCCCGGCCCCCGCCCGGCGCCGAGGACGGCCUUUCGCUGGCGGAACCGGCGGAACCGACCACGAACGCCGCGGGCCGGGACCGAGGCUACGCGGCUUCGGUCCAACCGGAGCGAAGGCCCGUCGCUAGCCACGACGCCGGACGGGACGCUAUCGCGGAAGGGGAUCCGGAGCCCGAGGAGACGUACGCGGGUGGCGGGUCGCCGCAGCCGGACGGCAAGCCGGCCGAAGCCUCGGCCGAAGCCGAGACGGGUCCUUGCGCUCCGCGGCUCGGCGCCUGCGUUCAGGACCUGACCCUCAGCCUCGGCUCCGAGGUCCGGGUCUCUUUGGACCACGUCAUCGAUGACGCGCUGGUCGUGUCCUUCCGGGUGGGCGAGAAGCUCUUCUCCGGGGUUCUCAUGGACGUUUCCAAAAGGUUCGGACCCUACGGAAUUCCCGUCACGCCGUUUCCCCGACGCGAAGACCAGAGUCCACCUCAGAGGGCGGCGAUCCCCGCGGAAGCUGCCGCCCCCGCGCCCCCAAAGCAGGAAGCGCCCACGGAGAAGGACUCGGACUCGCCGCCUUGCCCGUGGAGCGCCAAGCCGCCCCCGCUGUUCCAGGAGGGGGCGCCGUACCCGCCCCCGCUGUUCAUCCGGGACACCUACAACCAGGCGUUACCUCAGCCGCCGCCCCGCAAGAUCAAAAGGCCCAAGCGCCGUUACCGCUGCGAGGAGCCCACCUCCAUCAUGAACGCCAUCAAGCUGCGCCCCCGCCAGGUGCUGUGCGACAAGUGCAAAGGCGUGGUGGCCGCGGCCGGGCGCCGGCCGGGCGCCGUGGACCUGAGGGGCGAGGAGGCGUCGCGGCGGCGGAGGGCGGCGGAGGGGCCCGUGUCCGCGGAGGUCAAGCGACUGAGGAGCGACGACAAAAGCGGUCGCGGCGACAGACGCCCCCCGUCGGGGAUCCGCGUGUCCGCCGCCGCUUCCGCGUCCUCGCGCCGCGUCCUGCGGGCGGUGUCCUCGUCCUCCUCCUCCAUUCGUCUGAAGCUGAACUCGAAGAAGGUUCUGGCCAAGGGAACCUCGGCGGAUUGCGCCAAAACCGGCCAGGUUCUCAAGAGACUGCCACGGAACUCGCAGCCUCCGCCGCCGCUCGGGGAGAACCAGGACAGAGAGGGCGGCGGCGGCAAGGCUUUGACGCGUGCGGCGGCCUUGCAGAAUCACAACCAGAACCAGAAGGUCCACUUCACCCGCCGCCUGCAGCACCUUAGCACCGCCCGGGUGGGCCCCGCCUCGCACACGGCGCUGCCGCCUCGGAUGCGCCUCAAACCCCAAAGGUAUCGUACCGACGACGCUCAGGCCCCCCCCUCCUCUUCCUCUUCCUCGCCUCCCAAACACGGCGCUCGCUCGGCCAGCUCGAGCCCCAGCCGGCCCGCGCUCGGCCCCGUGCCGCGCCUCGCCCCCGGUCCGACGCCGCCCCCUUCUUUUUGUGAGGCCGAGGAGGCUCCUCCUCCUCCGCCGCCCCCUUGCCCCCUCCCGCACCGCGACAUUUCGGAGAGCAUAGAGCCGCCCCCGGAGCCGCUGUCCUUAGCGGCCCCCUGCCCGCCCUCCGCGGAGGCUCGGGUCGGCGACGAGGAAGGGGGCGAACCGAAGCGGCGACGCAAGUCUUCCACGUCGUCGUCCUCUUCCUCGUCGUCGACGUCGUCGUCCUCGGCGGUCUCCAAGUCGGUGUCCAAAAGCCUGCUGCCCGACGGGCGCACCGUGUGCGUGGGCGACAUCGUGUGGGCCAAAAUCUACGGCUUCCCCUGGUGGCCGGCGCGAGUGCUGGGCAUCACGGUGGCGCGGCGAGCCGGCGCCGUGCUGGCGGCGCGGCAGGAGGCGCGCGUGUCCUGGUUCGGCUCGCCCACCACUUCCUUCCUGCCGCUCUCGCAGCUCUCGCCCUUCCUGGAGAGCUUCCAGUCGCGCUUUGACAGGAAGAGGAAGGGCCCUUACCGCCGCGCCAUCUCCGAGGCCGCCAGCGCCGCCAAGCAGCUGACGCCCGAAGUGCGCGCGCUGCUCACGCAGUUUGAGACGUAGCAGUAGCGCAGGCCGCCGCCCUUAUCCCCUCCGCCCGCCCCUUUGCUGGGGGAAGUCACCCCCCACUGUCGACUUUUUGGUUUUGAUCGAGGCUUCUCACCACCGAGAUUCUUCAGGUGUCGCGAGACCGAUUUCAAGCAGCCUUAACAAGCGGCUCUGCCGAGCCAGUGUUUCCCAACCUUCCUCGAGAUGUGCCGCUCACGUUUUUCUGCACGCAAGUCCCAAUCCGGCUCCGCGUCCCUGAAGAGCUGCUGACGUCAUCUGCGCCGCCGCCAUCGGCCCGCCCGUGCCGAAUCAAAGCGAAUGAGUCUAUUUAUGGAGCCGAUCGCCGACGUCGCCGCCCCUUUGGUCCGGGACGCUCGUCGAGCAGAGCACGCUGGCUUCCUCUUCUUCUUCUUCUUCUUCUUCUAAUUCACGUUAGCUUCUCAUAGGAAGAAGGAUGAGCAAGGCAAUAAAAUAUUGCACGUGG